UUGCGCUCCAGAGUAAGACGCAUGAGAAACUGGAGCAACUGAUUAUUGAACAUACACAUCAAGUACUCCUCUUUAACGCAUCUCAAGAGCGCGGGAUACAUUUAUAGAUAUGCUAGUGCUGUGAUGUUCAAGAGAGUUUAAUAAGACGAGAAACGCGUCAUUCGAGACUUGUGCGAUUUAAGUUCUUUCAGUGGAAGACUCUACGUAAGCAUCUAGUAAAACAUCAUCCUCAUGGAUCUCUCUAUAGACACUCUCCUACAUUGUUGAUGUGGACAAAAGCAGCGAAGCAUCUAGAUUGCAGAUCAGAGCUUCAGUAGAGGUGGGCAGCAGUCGGAGGAGAACUUGCAGCAGGGAAUGCCGGGAGGAGACAGCUUUCCCGAUGGAGAAGAGGAGAACUCUUCUCCAGGCUCCAGCAAGCGUGCGGGGCAGACGGACCAAACUAACAGCGGGCAGGACCCCGGGACCGGCGGAUCCGGAUCAGGUGAGGAGGAGGAGGCUGAGGAGCAGCAAGGAAGAACCAGCAGAGGGGAAAGCUCAGCGGGGUGUGAGGAGAGCGGAGGAGAGCAGACGCACGAGGAUGUGGACAUGAACAGUGGCCACGACUCCAGCAGCGGAAACGAUGGCGUCGGUGGGUCACGACAUCAUCACUCCUUAGCCAAUUGCAGCCCUGGAAGCACCACGGGAUCAGGAAGCACCAAGAGCUCAAAAUCUGCCACUGGUUCGUCAUCGUCCAGCUUUCAUAGCGCUCAUCACACGGAGUGCAGUGAGCAGACGGAGCACGGCCGUGAACAGACGCACCGAGAGAUGAUGCAGACGGUGCAGGAGAUGAAGAAACGGCUGCCGUCUGAGAAGAGAAGCCGCAGUAAAGCCAGUACUGUAGAGGCACUGAACUAUGCACUGAACUGUGUCAAACAAGUACAAGCAAACAGUGAGUACUACAACUUACUAAUGAGCAGUGGACUGGAGGAGACACGAGAUGCUACUGUGUGCAUGCUGGAGGAGCUGGAGGGAAUCACAUCAGAACACACACUGAAAAACACCGACACGUUUGUGGUGGUCUUCUCUCUGGCCUCUGGGAAGGUGGUUUACGCAUCCGAACAGGCCUCCAGUGUGCUUCACUGCAAGAGGAAGUUUCUGGAAUCUGCCAAGUUCGUGGAGCUGCUGUACCAUCAGGACGUCAAUGUGUUUUACUCGCACACGGCGCAACCGGGGCUGCCGCCCUGGAACGUGGGCACAGGCAGCGCAGCAGUUCUGUUUGAAUGUGCCGAGGUCAAGUCCUUCUUCUGUCGAAUCAGAGGAGGGAAGAAUAGAGAUGGAGAAAUGCGUUAUAGUCCUUUCCGGCUCACUCCGCACCUGCUGAAGUUUCAGGGAUUGAGCGGAGAGGAGGAGCCGUGCUGUCUGGCCCUGGCCGAGCGCAUCAUCUCAGGAUACAAGGCACCUCGCAUUCCCAUGAACAAGCGCAUAUUCAGCACGACUCAUUCGCCAGGCUGUGUGUUUUUAGAAGUGGAUGACCGAGCGGUGCCUUUGCUCGGCUACCUCCCUCAGGACCUGAUUGGUACCUCAGUUCUGGCCUGCCUUCAUCCAGACGACCGCCUGCUCAUGCUGGCCAUGCACCGCAAAAUUCUGAAGUACGCGGGCCAGCCUCCGUUUGAACACACGCCCAUCCGCUUUCGGUGUCAGAACGGCGACUACAUCACCUUGGACUCCAGCUGGUCCAGCUUCAUCAACCCUUGGAGCCGUAAGGUGGCUUUCAUCAUCGGCAGACACAAAGUUCGCACUGGACCUCUGAAUGAGGACGUUUUUGCCGUGCGGAGUAAAGCCAAGCAGCUGAUCAUGUGUGAGGACGUUAAAGAUCUGCAAGCCAAGAUCUACAAGCUCUUCCUUCAGCCGGUUCAUAAUAAUGGAUCCAGUGGCUAUGGCAGUCUGGGUAGUAAUGGCUCCCACGAGCACUACAUCAGUGUGGCGUCGUCCAGCGACAGUAACGGAAACCUCUGGGAGGAUUCGCACAGAGAACCAAUGGCAUUGCAGCAGUUUUGUGCUGAUGUCAAUAAAGUGAAGAACUGGGGCCAGCAGGCGUAUCUGGACUCCCGGAGGAAGCUCACACCUUUAGGACCAGCCGCUGCAGUGGUGGCAGCAGGCGUUCAUCCGAACACUAGUCAGGGUUUGGGAAUUCGAGCUCAUCUAAAGCAGUCUCUGCAAGAAGCGCGGAAACAGCCACACAUUCCAUCCUACCAGCAGAUCAACUGUGUGGACAGCAUCAUCAGAUAUCUGGAGAGCUGUGCGACAUCUGCUCUGAAACGAAAGAGCGAAUCUUUGUCCGUAGCUACAUCAUCUUCUUCCUCCAUGUCUGAGGAAGACAAACCCGCAGCGGCCGCACAUGAAGACACUGUGAACACAGACGAAGCUGCGUUUGAGGGCACCGGUGCUCUGGACAGCCAGGUGUCAGCGGGCUCGGCCACGACGGCAGCGGUGGUGGGAGCACCACUCACAGACAUCACAAUCUCCACAGAAGCCAUGAGUGUGGUGUCCGUCACCAGUCAGUGCAGUUACAGCAGCAACACAGUGCACGUUCCCCAGCCCGAGCCAGAGGUCACUGCCUUAGAAGAUGCUCCAAUGGGUAGCGAGCCAACAGACUCCGCCCCCACCCCUGCACGCCCCGCCCCCAGCACCUCCUCAGCAGCUCAGGAGGAGUUACUCGUGGUGGGUCUUACUAAAGAGGUGCUGUCGGCUCACACGCAAAAGGAGGAGCAACAAUUCGUGGAUCAUUUCCAACAUCGUAUCCUGCAGAGUCCCUACAGCUCCUACCUCCAGCAGGACAACAGCAGCAUGGCCCAUUCUCAUCACAGAGGUGUGUGUAUGUGUGUGUGCAGCAGCAACAGCAGCAAGUACUUUGCCAGCAACGAUUCAUCGGACACAUCGCGGAAAGCGCGCAACUCCGCGGAGCCCCAGGAACGUGAGCGUAUGACCUUCACAAAGCAAGUGGACAAUUCGUUAUGGAGCAUGAUCAAGCAGACGCCCGAACCCGUCAUGAUGACCUAUCAGAUUGGCCCCAGGGAUCAGGCGCAGGUUCUUCAGGAAGACCGGGAGAAGCUGCUUCUGAUGCAGCCCAUGCAGCCCUGGUUCACCCAGGACCAGAAGAAGGAACUGGCCGAUGUUCAUCCCUGGAUCCAUCAGCACACGGUCCCACAGGAGAUCAACACACAGUGUUGUGUGAGAUGUACCACCGUGGAACCGGGCGAGGAACUGAAUCUUCAGACUGACUCUCCAAACCCUCCGACUCCUGACAGCUCCUGUCCGCCAGACCCAACACCGACACCUGACCGCAGACCCUGCUGGACCGCCGGCCUUCUGGGACUCAGUGAUUCUUCUGCUCUCAGCUGGGAAUCGUGGGAAGAGAUGGACGCCCGCAACCGCGUGUCUCAUAUUUCCUCCUGAAGUCACGAAACGAGGAGAGCCCUUUGCACUCGAUCAGACCACGUCAGAGUGAGUUUGGACACUCGCAGAAGACGUCACAUGACCAUGCAUUUCUCUCUGCUGUUCUCCGUUACAGUCCAUGGACCCAAACAACUAUGAAUAUCAGACUAUAAUUUGGUAGUCACCAGUGUGGCUCUUAUUAUUUUUAAACUGUUGCCCGAAUGUUUUUUUUUUUUUUUUAAGAUAACUUUUUGUUAAUUAAUAAUGUGUCCUCUACUGAAUCUUGCAGGCUCAGGAGGGUUCAUGAUCUCCUAGAAGUACCUGUAAUGAGUUUCCUGAUCACUUGCGUAUAAAUGCGUAUAAAUGUCCCACAAUGCUGCAACAUCCUUUGCAGUUACUAAAGAACAUAAGCACUCACCGCCAAAAUCUAAAAGCAUCUACGAAUGGAAAUGAAUGAUAUUUGGUCCAGAACACAAAGAUCUUCAUUCCUUAUUGAGCUCAUCCAAUCCAAAUGGAUUAGUUUUUCCGUCAGUGUGUUUGUUUAUUUUUCUGUUCUCAAUUUCAAAUGUUUCUUCCACUGUACAUGUGACUGAACGAUGUCAAGCAAUGUCUUACUAUGGUAUAAAACUAAAGUAAUGGUGUAAUUUGAAUAUACAGACAUUUUUCUCUUGUGUAUGUUGGGUUGAUUGCUGUACUUGUACCUGGGUCACAUUUCGUCACACAAAAAAAAAAUAAAAAGAU